CGGUUCUGCAGCUCUCUUUCUCAAUUUUCUCUACUAAGUACUUGUCUCGCAACUUCUUCCAUGGCCUUCCACGGAGCUUCUCCGUCGUCAUCUUCCAUUUCCCGGUGUGCUUACGAUGUAUUCUUGAGCUUUAGAGGCGAAGAUACUCGCAAAGCUUUUACUGCUCAUCUAUACGAAGCUUUACGUCGAAACGGAAUCAACACCUUCUUGGACGACAAACUUAGAAGCGGAGAUGAGAUUUCACCAGCACUUAUCAAAGCCAUUGAAGAGUCAGAGAUUUCCAUUAUUGUACUCUCUAAAAACUACGCAUCAUCCCGAUGGUGCUUGGACGAGCUAAUGAAGAUCCUCGAGUGUAAAAAAACAAGGAGGCAACAGGUUCUACCAUUGUUCUAUCAUGUAGAUCCGUCAGAAGUACGGAAUCAAACCAAUAGUUUUGGAAAAGCAUUUGCUGAAAUUAAAGAAAGGUUUAAGGAUGAUGAAAUGAAGGUGCACAGAUGGAAGAUAGCUUUAACAGAAGUGGCCAAUUUGUCCGGAAGGCCUUUGGGGAACAAGAAUGAACCUGAAUUUAUUCACGAAAUCAUUGAAUGGGUGAAUUCGAUAUUUGUAAACAAGGCAUACUUUCAAGUUGCCCAGUAUCCUGUUGGAAUAGAGUCUCGUGUACAAGAUGUGAAGUCACUUUUAGAUAUAGAGAAGAAGGACACUACAUGCAUGGUAGGGAUUAUCGGAAUUGGUGGAAUUGGUAAGACAACUAUUGCCAAAGCCAUCUACAACUCAGUUGCUUCUCAGUUUGAAGGUAGUUGUUUUCUUGAAAACAUUAGAGAAACUUCCGCCCAAAAAGGUCUGAUCCAUUUGCAAAAUAAACUUAUUUCUACGAUCUUAAGAGGUUCAAGUCUAAUGGUUGACAAUGUUGAUCAAGGAAUUACCUUGAUAAAGAAGAGGCUUCGCCUAAUAAAGUUACUUUUAGUUCUUGAUGACGUGGAUCAGUCAGUCCAAUUAGAAAAGUUAGUUGGAAAAGGUGAUUGGUUUGGCUUAGGAAGUAGAAUCAUCAUAACAACAAAAGAUAACCAUUUACUUAGUGCACAUGGAGUUGAUUUAGCAUAUCGGAUGAAUGUGUUGGAUCACAAUGAAGCUAUUCAGCUCUUUAGUUGGAAUGCCUUUAAAAGUGAUAAACCUAACGACGAUUUUAUGGAACUCACAGAACAUGUAAUAGGUUAUGCUGGGGGCCUUCCACUGGCUUUAGUAGUGCUGGGUUCAGAUCUGUAUGGUAAAGGCUUGCAUGAAUGGAAAAGUGCAUUAGAUAGGUAUAAAACAAUUCCAAAUAAAAAAGUUCAAGAAAUACUCAGAAUAAGUUAUGAUGGGUUGGAGGACACUGUUAAGGAUAUUUUUCUUGACAUUGCAUGUUUUUUCAAAGGAGAAAAAGUAGGUUAUGUCAGUAAAAUACUAGACAAGUGUGGUUUCUUUCCAGAUUAUGGUAUAAAAGUGCUUGUGGAUAGGUCUCUCGUAUCUAUUGAUAAGGACUUUGAGACAUUAAUUAUGCAUGACUUGCUACAAGAAGUGGGUAGAGAAAUUGUUCGACAGGAAUCACCCAAAGAACCUGGCAAACGUAGUAGAUUGUGGUUUCAUGAAGAUGUUCGUCAUGUUCUAAAAGAAAACUCGGGAACAAACAAAAUUGAGGGCAUAUUGAUCGAUUUGCCUAAACAAGACUUGAUACACUUGAGUUCCAAGGCCUUCAAGAAGAUGAAAAGGCUGAGACUACUUAUAAGUCGUAAUGCAUGCUUUUCUGAAGAGCCUAAUUUUCUUUCUAAUGAGUUAAGACUGCUUGAUUGGCCUGAAUAUCCUGGAGAAUCUUUUCCAUCCAAUUUUUGUGGAAAAAACCUUGUUGAGUUAAGUAUGCCUCAUAGUCACCUCAAGACGUUGGAGGGAGUCCAGAAUUUCCAAAACAUGACAUUUAUGGAUUUCAAUGAUUGUAAGUUUCUAAGAAAAAUUCCUGACGUUUCAAGGAUUCCAAAUUUAGAGAAAUUGACUCUUGAUGGUUGCAAAAAUUUAGUUGAGGUUCAUCAUUCUGUUGGAUUCCUUGAUAAGCUUGUUGUUUUGAGUCUUAAGAGAUGCUCUAAUCUUAGGAGUUUUCCGAGAAGCCUCAAGAUGAGAUCUCUCAAAUUUCUUUUCCUUUCGGGUUGCUCAAGGCUUAAGAACUUUCCUGAAAUUGAGUGUCAAAUGGAAUGUUUAGAUUACGUUGACUUUCGAGAUACUGGUAUAGAGGAAUUGCCUUCAUCCAUUGGGUACCUCACUGGGGCUAGCUAUUUAUAUCUUAGCGGCUGCACAAACCUUACGAAUCUUCCGGAUAGCAUUUAUCAAUUGCAAGAUUUAAAGUAUCUUUUUCUCGACGGUUGUUCAAAGGUUAAUUUUCUAAAAAUGGUAGAGGACAACAGACAAUUCAUGCCCACUAUUGUAUCCAUAGAGGAAUCUACAAUUUCAUCAGGGGCAGAAUUACUCCAAUUGUUGCCUUCGGCGAGUUCAAGCAAUUCUAAUGACGGUUGUUCCUCGGUAGCAUUUCCGAAACUUCGACAAUUGUACCUUGGUAGUUGUGCCCUAUCAGAAUCAAAUUUCUUUAGGAAAGUUGAUUGUGGCUCCGCAUUGAACGUUUUAGAUCUAUCAGGAAGUGAUAUUGUUACCCUUCCUCCAUGCAUCGGAAGAUUUGUUGGAUUGAAGUCCCUUACUCUAAAAAAUUGCAAGCAACUUCGAGAAAUUCUAGGACUUCCACCAAAUGUAGAAUAUGUGAAUGCUAGCGGAUGUGUGUCAUUGGCAAUAUUUUUAGAAGAAGCUAGAAAAUCUCAUGAAUUGAUUCAACGUGAUUGCCCUUCUAGUUUGGAAUAUCUAUAUCUAUCAAAUAGCGCUAUUGUUAGCCUUCCUGCAUGGUUCAACAGAUUUGUUGGAUUGAAGCGCCUUGCCUUGGAUAAUUGCAAGCAACUUCGAGAAAUUUCAGAACUUCCACCAACUCUUGGAUGGAUUGACUUGUCUGAUUGCCAUGAACUACGAGAAAAUAUGGGGAAUGAUCUGCAAAUUCGUUUAUUGAGUGAGGGACAACUCGAAGACCAUAAAUUUGGUUGUAUGUUUCCAGGAAAUAAGAUUCCAGACUGGUUCAGCAAUCAUAAAGAGGUUUUAAAUAGUAAUUCAUGCAAAAUAGAUGUUAAUGAGCCUGCACAUUUGGAUGAUGAUGAGGAGAUCACAAGAGUUGCUUUCUCUGCUGUUAUUGGAACAAAAGCAAAUAUCCCUGAUGUACAAGAUGAAGGUACUUUUGAAAUUAUCUUUGAAGUCAUCAGUGAUGGUGUAACAAUAUAUUCUUCCAUGGAAGAUAUCCCUGGUCGAUUUCACUCAGAUCAUGUAUGGUUGCAUUACGAUGUUCCAGAAUCUUCAGAGCUAAAGGGGGAUAAUCUUCGAGUUACAUUUAAGCUAAGCUCAACGUCAAUGUUCUUUAAAAGUUGCGGAUUCCAUCUAGUACGACAUAGAUAUGAAGAGAAAGCGGUAGAUUUAAUGCAUGGAUGCUAUUCAACUUUCUAAGGGACAUCGUGAUGAUGAUGAUGAUUAUGGCAACUUGGAAUCCGAUUGGCACCCACAACAAAAGAGGCAUUCUUCAACCUUGGGCAUUAGAAAUAUUUCAGAUGCAGAGGAUAUGCCAUAUUGCCAUUGGGAGAAUCACAACUACACUAAUUAAAUAACCUUUGGCACUUCAACUCGCCACCUUCUUUUCACUUUUUUUUUUUCCUCUCUCUCUCUCUCUCUCUCUCUCUAAGUACCUAAUAAUGUUUGUUAAUUUUGUUUUGGGUUGACUCUUGAAUUGGCUUUAAGGGUCCUCAUAUAUGAUAUUAAACGUACUAUCAUCACAUUUUCAUUUACACUUCCGACCUUUAAAAAGUGACAUCAUGGUCCUCUGAAUUAGCACCGCGUGUCAAAUUAGACAUUUUAGCUUUUUUUCCCAGAAUACCCUUGAAGUUAUUAAAAAAUAAGUAUUUGAAAAAAAAUAUAUAUUAAGGGACUAAUAUGAAAAGAGCCACCCCUUUUCGGUAUUUUUAGUUUUUUCCCCCUUUUUUUGGUUUAAUGUUUUUCAAAUGGCAUUUUUCAAAAAAGUUUAAGGGUAUUUUGGAAAAGUGUUUAAUUUGACAUGCUGUGGUAGUACGGGGCCCCAAUGUCACUUUUUUAAGUUUGAAAGUGUAAAUGAAAAUGUGAUAGUAGUUCCCGAGGUUAAAGUA